AUGCCUGAUCCGUAUUCGAUCCUAUUUCUUCUCUUAUUCACUUCAAUAGGCUGUAUCGAUGCUGAUGAUUCAGAAGAUGGAGCACCGGUUAUAAUCGAACAUCCGUUAGACGUAAUUGUUUCGAAAGGCUCCCCGGCCACCUUGAAUUGUGCUGCAAAACCUCCAGGAGCACAGAUCACAUGGUAUAAGGAUGGCCAGCCAGUCACCACAAAUAAAGAUCAAGUGAACAGUCAUCGAAUAAUUCUGGAUACGGGUGCCUUAUUUCUGCUCAAGGUUAGCAGUGGGAAAAACGGAAAAGAUGGUGAUUCGGGCUCGUAUCAUUGCGUUGCACGAAAUGAGCAUGGCGAGGCUCAAUCCCGAGAAGGUACACUGAAAAUCGCCAUGCUAAGGGAUGAUUUUCGGACACGACCUCGAACGGUUCAGGCGCUAUCAGGAGAUAAAGCGGUUUUGGAAUGCUCACCUCCGCGUGGUUUUCCGGAACCAGUCGUUAGUUGGAGGAAGGAUGACAGGGAAUUGAAGUUGUCAGAGAUCCCUCGAAUGACGCUCCAUCCGGAUGGAAAUCUCAUCAUUGAGCCGGUGGAACACGGAGACUCUGGGACAUACCAGUGUGUGGCAACGAAUAUGGUUGGAGAGCGAAUAUCGAAUCCUGCAAGACUCAGCGUUUACGAAAAGCCGAAAUUCUUGCAAGAGCCGAAAGAUGUCACCGUUGAUGUCGGUUCAUCUGUCCUUUUUGACUGCCGCGUGUCGGGUGAACCGCAGCCUCAGAUUAGCUGGAAGAAGAAAAAUGAUCAAAUGCCAGUGGCUAGGGCCUAUAUAGCCAAGGACAACAGGGGCUUACGGAUUGAUAGGGUGCAAGUUUCUGACGAAGGCGAUUACGUUUGUUAUGCUCGCAAUCCAGCUGGCUCGAUUGAAUCCUCUGCCCGAUUGAAGGUUCAGGCUCCACCAACAUUCCAAACAAAACCUACCGAUCAAACCGUUGCCCAUGGUUCAACUGCCACAUUUGAUUGCGUGCCUGUAGGACAACCGACUCCGGCUUAUUUUUGGAGCAAAGAAGGACAACAGAAUCUGCUGUUUCCUGGUCAUGUUUCCGCUGACGGUCGCAUAAAGGUCUCCUCCUCUGGAACACUGACGAUUGCGGAUGUGCGUCCCAUGGAUGAGGGUGCCUACGUUUGUGCAGCAAUGAAUUCCGCCGGAAGUUCGCUAAGCAAAGCACUGUUGAAGCUCUCAACAAAAGCAGUGGUUGCACAACCUCCUCCGGUAAUCGAAUAUGGCCAUCAGAACCAGACGCUGAUGGUUGGAUCUUCCGCCACGCUACCAUGCCAGGCUAGCGGUCGAACACCACCUAGGAUCUCGUGGCUUCUUGAUGGAAACACCGUGGACACCACGAAAGACAAUCGCUACAGUCAACAUUCAAGUGGAAGUCUGCAUAUUGCGGACUUGAAGAAAUCCGAUACUGGUGUGUACACAUGUCGCGCGAAGAACGAUGAUGGAGAGUCCACUUGGACGGCUUCUUUGAUAGUGGAGGAUCACAACACCAAAUCGGUGUUCUCUCGAAUGCCUGACCGAUCCAACUUCCCUUCGGCUCCUUCACAACCGAUUGCAAGCAAUGUUUCUGAUUCGGAGGUUGAUCUGGAAUGGCGAGCACCAGAGCGGAACGGUGGUAGCCCGGUUACAGGUUAUAUCAUCCAGUUCUUUAGCCCUGAAGUAGGAGAGACUUGGUUGAAUGUACCGGACUACAUCUCGGGGCCGCGUUAUCGUGUGAAAAACUUGAGACCAUCGCAGACUUACGUGUUUAUUGUUCGAGCUGAGAAUGACAAAGGAAUUGGACCACCGAGUCCAAUCUCUCCUGUCGUUACUACACUUGCUAGGAAUGCACACUUGUCAGCCGAUGAUCUCGAGAAUCUCGAUCUCGAACAAGCGACGCGACGGAUAACUUCGGAACAAUUGAUAAAGCUUGAGGAAGUCAAAACCAUCAACUCAACUGCUGUAAGACUUUUCUGGAAGAGAAAGAAGGUUGAGGACAUGGUCGAGGGAUACUACAUCAAGUGGCGUGGACCGCCACGAAGCAACAUCAACCAGUGGGUGAAUGUCAGUGGUGCGCAUGUCGAGUCAUACGUGGUUAAUGGCCUGAUGCCUUUCACAAACUACGAGUUUUUUGUGAUUCCCUAUUACAAAUCCAUCCAAGGAGCUCCUAGUAAUUCUAUGGAUGCCUUAACUGCUGAAGCUCCUCCAUCGUUGCCUCCAUCGGAGGUACAUAUCCGAAUGCUGAAUCUGACCACUUUGCGUAUUGGAUGGAGAGCACCUCCAGCUGAUGGCAUGAAUGGAAUCCUCAAGGGAUUCCAGAUUGUAAUCCUCGGAAAGGGAACAAAAUUCAAUCGUAACAUCACGACAAACGAGCGAGCUGCAAGUGUCACGUUAUUUCAUCUAAUUCCCGGAAUGACGUACAAAAUUCGUGUUGCUGCUCGAACGAAUGCCGGCAUUGGUGUGAGCCAUGGGACGGAUACUGUCACGAUGAACCAAGAAACGCUUGACAAACAUCUGAGUUUGCAUAGUGAGCAAGAGUCAUUCCUUUAUUCACUUUCACGACAAUCGUGGUUCGCCUUGCUGGUGAUGCUGCUCGUGUGUGUCUUCUUGAUUCUCGUCGCCAUAUUCGUAUUCUGGUAUUACAAGAAUAGCAAAAAUGCGAAGAGUGUUCAGGACACCGCUGAGUGGCAUCAGUUUCAGGAUCGAACAUUUAUCAAAAUCAAUGAUGGAUCAGUGCAUAUGACUCAGAAUGGUGUUUGGGAUCAUAACCCGUAUAAUACAGCAGCGCGAAUGACUCUAAACAACCGAUGUCCUGCAACCCAUCAACCAUAUUCGGUGACUCCGAACCAGCAAGACUUUUAUAAUGCUCCUUGCGAUGACUAUAUGGCUGGAACGAUGAAUCGUAAUGGGUCUGAACAUCAUUAUCACUAUGCGCAACUAUCGGGAGGUCCUGGCAAUUCUCUAAGCACCUUUUAUGGGAAUCAGUUCCAAGACGAUCCAUCCCCUUAUGCCACUACAACACUGGUCAUGUCUAAUCAACAGCCUGCUUGGUUAAAUGAUCGUAUGUUGAGAGGGCCUGCGCUACCGAGUAAUCCCAUCCCCAACGGUCCCCCUGCCAGGUAUGCCGACCACUCCGGGCGUCGAUCACGAGGCAGUCGAGCUUCAGAACAUCGACAAGCCAGUCAUCACUCCGACAGUCCACCCCAUACCGAUGUUAGUUAUGUCCAGUUUCAAUCCUCGGACGGCACUGGCGAAAGUUCCAAUGGUCGAUCGAAGCAAGGAACAAUGGCCGGGCGUCGAAGUCCUCCCAAGCACACAUUAAUGGACUUCAUUCCUCCUCCUCCUGCUAACCCUCCACCACCUGCGGAUGCAGCUUAUGAGUGCUCUCCGAGGAGACCACUACCGCGCUCGUUGAACGUGGAAGACCCUUAUGACUCCGUUUCAGACGGAGUAGGUUUUGCAGAUGAGAUGAAAGUUAGGCCUACUAGUAGAAAUAGGACUACAGGCAUUCGCCCCCAGAAAGGCAAUCGUGACGACGAUAGUCAGCGGUCGUCUUUAAUGAUGGAUGAGGAAGGUGGAUCAUCCGAAGCGGAUGGAGAAACUUCAGAUUGUGAGGCGCCGAAGCGGAAAACGGUUCCGCGGAUGGGCGUGUCCGCCAGCGCGCUGUCCCAAAGCAGCUAUGACUCUGGUCGAUCAGCAUCACGGUUCAAGUCGAUACAACGAGGCAAACAGGACCAUCUGUGAUCGCGGGUCACCUAAUGUGUUGUUGCCGUCUUAUCCCGGCUGUUCUUAACGGGUACCUUGUGAAACACUCCAUAUUCAGCAGUCCUGUUGUAAAUAACGAGAAUUUCUUUCUGCAUAUCUCAUAGAGCCACGCACCCUUCUACUCUGAAAAAAAUGCUCAAAAUAUGUUUCAUAUACAUUGUAAGCGCGCAUGAUCUCACGGCCUGAGGCUCAUUGUUGGCACCAUCCUUCUCUCCUUCUUUUUUGUUGUUACUAAAUUUGCCCUCAUUGCAUUUAUAUGCGCAAUAUGUUGAGGAUGAACACUUGUUCAAAUAGGCAGAUGAGCUUUACUCUUGUUUUACCAUUGUUCGAGGCUGUACGGUUCCGCCAUGUCAUAUUCUUGCUUGUUAUUGUACUAUGUGAACAAUUUUGCUUAUAAUUGUGCCGAAUAAAUUAUUUUCUGCU